GCUAUUCAUUUUCUACACUAAGCUUCCAGGAAAGGUCUUUCGAUUUGGGGAGUUUGUGACAAGCAGCAUCAUGACGUCCUCCAUACAUGAUCUUUCAGAUAAUUGCGAGAAUGAACAACCACAAAAGCAGUCAGAGAUGCAAAGCCGAUCUUCAUCCCCUGCAGCUGAAUUGUCUGUUCCUGGGACUGUGCCACCAGACAUGCACUACUUGAUACCUUCUCAACUUGGAAAUGCUGAUGCAAUGGCGCAAACAGCUUACCCUUAUCCAGAUCCUUACUACAGGAGCAUUUUUGCACCCUAUGACGCACAACCUUACCCUGCACAACCUUAUCCAGCACAGUCAAUGGUUCGACUUCAGUUGAUGGGAAUUCAACAAGCUGGUGUUCCUCUACCAUCAGAUGUUGCGGAGGAACCUGUUUUCGUUAAUGCAAAACAGUAUCAUGGCAUCUUGAGGCGCCGACAAUCUCGUGCAAAAGCUGAAUCAGAAAAUAAACUUCUAAAAUCUAGGAAGCCCUACUUGCAUGAAUCUCGGCAUUUGCAUGCCCUGAGAAGAGCUAGAGGGUGUGGGGGUCGAUUUAUGACUGCAAAGGAAAAGGAUGAAUCUGAUGAUAAGUCGAAGGCAAUCGCUAAUACUGACUCCAACAAAAUUGAGGUUACUUCUUCAGAAAAUGCUUCUUGA